GCUAACAAUCGAAUCGAUGUCACCCAUGGUGGUGGACGACGAUCAAGGCUUGCGACGGCGGCGGCGACGGAAGGUGGUGAAGGACCUGGAAUGGUCUCUCAGUAGCCCGCAUCUCCUGUCGUCGCGCUUCCAAGUCCUUCCGGCGGACGUGACGCAGGGCAUCUUGGGUCAAGAGGCCACGCAGACAUGGCUCGAUGACUUGCACGACGACCCGACUCCUCUCUACGCGUUUCUAUCCGAGAAGCGGCGGGACAGAGCGUCGCUGGCGCUCGGGGUGUACUUUGCAUCGCUGUUGGAGUUCUGGCUUCGCCACUGUCCGACGUGGCGCGUCGAGCACCUUGUGGUCGGUCAGCAGCUCGUGACGGCCAAGACAUCGCGAACGGUGGGGCAGCUCAAGUUUGUCUUCCGCAUGUUCCUUCCAUCCUCGUCCUCGGACUUUACAGACAUGCACUGGGAAGCAUCAAUCAAGUUCUUCUUGCUCACGUCCAUCGCUCCAACAUCUUCAACCACCGACGCCGCCGACUCGAGUGCAUCCAUUCAACUCGAACACUUUGUAGGGCCACAUCAAGGGGAAAACCUCGCAUGGCGAGCUACGGAAGUCACACGCAAGCUGGACAUGUGCCGCUUUGACGUGGUCCGCGCGUGGCUCCGCUCUCACUUCGCAUCCUCUUCCUCGGACAACGACCAUCCGGAUGCUGCUGCUUGCACAUCCGAUUAUCCGGAUGCUGCGGCUAGUACAUCUGCGGUACUUCCAGUAGAUGAUCACCAUGUGCAAUCCCACAUGCUUCUCCGCGGGUACUUGUUCUACCCGUUGUCGCAGUUAUCAUCGACAACCUCCGCAUCAACCAUCGCUGUCACAGACGACCUCGAUGCAUGUCAUUUGCGAGGAUGGUGGAGCGUCGACUACGCCGCGGACCUCGUGCGCGCCGCGCCAUCGCAUGCCCGCUGGGCCAUUCUGCCCAAACUGCACUGGCUCAGUCCGGUCGUGGCAGUUCCAUCUCCCUCGUGUUCCUUCCAUGAUGAUAAGGAACAUGAAGGAGCAGAUAAUGUGUGGGUCCUCCCAGGUGACACCAACCUCGGGUUGGAUCCAAUCCCAAUCUUGGACUGGCAGGCGUUGUGUUCGGUCUUGGCGAGCCAUUUCAGCCACAACCCGACGGCCAUGCCGCUGCUCGUGGCGGAAUUGCAUGCUUCAUCCAGCGCCGACGACCCCGUCCGCCGCCAAGAUGAUGAUCCUGCUGGCAACGACAUGACCAACCCGAUCCAGCACAAGCGAAAGAGGAUGUUGUACGUGGAAGCCAGUCGGGGGUUUGUCCUGAAUAAGUACGCACAAUCGUCGUCCACCCGCCGACAGCAGAAGUCAACGUUGUUCAACGGUGCGCUGGCCGAGUCCGUGCCGUGGAGCUGUGAACACCACCAUACGCAACCAAGGAAUGCCGAGAGUUCUGGCGUACUAGUAGUACCCCAGGAGGAGGGAGUAGUAGUUGAGAUGAAGGUAUCAGACAGCACCAUACAAAAGACAAGGGACGACAGCACAUUGUUAUUCAAGGGGUGGUUGACAGACACCAACUGUGACAGAGUCCACGACGAUCAUGAGAAUGUCCAUAUGGACCUGCGUGCGAUGCAGCUGGUGCAACAUAUCUUGCACGCGCUAACGCUGUCACACAAGCAAGAAGGAGGACGAGGAGAUGGCACAGCGCCAACGUAUGCAGCUAUCAAGCGCGCGACGGUUCAUGCGAUAUGGAAUAUGAUGCGACAGAGUGAAUAUGAACAGGCCAACGCGUUUCUGGUCAAGUGUGUCUUGGCCGUUGUGACGCUGUCGUCACAUACUGUAAAGACUGUGCUCCGUGUGGGGCAUUUGAUAUUGGACGUGGCGUCUGCGAUAUCGUUGGACAGCCAAACAUCCUCCGAUGAAGACUCAACCCUAGCGCACCAGAUGGACAUGGCGCACCGUGUCGCAUGCACGCAUCCGGAUCAGUGGUGGAGCGUGCGGUUUCUGCUCAAAGCCAAGCACGUUCUAGGAGGAGCUAUAGCAUCGUCCCCACGCCACGACCAAGUUGAUUCUGUGACGACUUUGUGGGUCGAAACGGUCGUUCUCGCCAUGCUCGAGCCACAACACAAGGGCAAGUGGCAUGCCACGGCCGUCGACUUGUGUGCGGCGUAUGCCUUGCCCAGAGACGAUGCUGUGGCGUGCCAGAUCCUGUCGACGUUGUUGGACGGGCGGGAUGGCGGCGCGGCGGCGGAAGCGUUUGGGCGGACCCAGCGAUGGGAUGUGGCGUCGCGUCGAUCCAGUCAACUGACGCACGUGUAUGUGAACCACCCGCACACAUCUGCCAAAGCCGCCCGCCGGCAUCUGCCUGCCACGUCAUCGCAGAUUCCGACCCAUGACAUUGCCGACCACGCCCACCAGCUGUCUCUUGUGCAAGCCACGCUGGACACGCCUCUGACAGUGCACUUGGUCGAAACGUCGUCGCAGAUUGACACGAUGCUCACGUGGAUGGACAGGGCGACGAAUGACAAGACGAUGGUAGUCGUGGGGCUGGACUGCGAGUGGCGGCCUCGCGCGUUCACGACCAACCCCACAUGUGUAGAUGGACACAACGACGACUUGUACGACCUGGGGGUGACGGUCGUCCAACUGGCGUUUCCAAAUGGCCACGUGUUUGUGUUGGACUGUAUGGCGACAUGUGUGACAGUGCCGGCCGUGUUUGACAGGUUGUGUCGACCGUGGAUUGUUGUGACAGGGUUCUGCGUCUCGGGGGACCUCGAUCGCCUCGUGGGGUCGUACCCUGCAUUGGCUCGUACCUUUCAGUCCCCCCACUGGACCUGCAUCGACCUCCGACGGGUCGCCAUGUCCCGCGUCCGGCGGCUCGCGGGCGUCGGCCUCGCCUCUCUCGCCUUCACGUUCUUGAACCACACGAUGCCGAAACACCAGCAGUGCUCGGACUGGGCCGCCCGACCACUCACAGCCGCCCAAGUCGAGUAUGCCGCGUUGGACGCUCAUAUCGUGCGCGUGUUGCUGCUCUACUUUACAGCCGACCUCAACGAACCUUCUAUAUGUAGUACUAGUACUACUUGUGACGACCCGCCGCCUGGAACAAGGGUUCACACUAAUUCAUGGCCGUCGUCGUGGCGGGUGGUGCACCAUCUUCAAUCGUAUCUGGGCGAAGAUGACGUGGCAGCGGCAGUGACGUCGUGGGGGUUAUCUGGCUCGUUCUAUACCCUUCCUGACCAUCCUCGUCAUGGAGUUAUGGUCAAGACCGUGGCGUGGACUGUCCACACUCGGCAGCAGCAGACUUCACACUAUUUGGCGGUCGUGCUCGACCUCCACAAAACCAUCGACGUACCCAAACUGCAAGCGUUUGUGGCUACUACUUUUCUCACCGCUUGUCCGGAUACGAUGGCCCUGACUUCGGAACGAGACUUGAUGCAUGUGUUUGGGUACAGCCGCGGCAGUAUUGGUCCCGUGGGGCUCCGCUGCCAAGCCCGCGUGCAUGUGGUGGUGGAUGUGUCUCUCGUCCAUGAGGCUUCUGUCAUCUACUGCAGCGCCGGCGCCCGCCAUCGCGUCGUUGCGUUGUGUCCGUCGCAACUGAUUGCGUUAUCCCCGCGUCUGGCGGUGUCGACCUGUGACGUGGCCGUGGGGUCGAAAGGGGACAUUUAAACCAUGUGAACUGUAUAUAUAUACGUGGCCGUGGUCGAAAGGGGACAUUUGAACCGUGUGAACUGUAUAUCUAUAUAUAAAAUCGCAUUCAUUCGUAUGCUA